CACAAUCCUGACAGUACCUGAACGCACCACAGACUGUUUAUACCACGGGCUGUCAGCGGCUGCUUGCUUUCCUUCGCGGGCCAGCGGUGAGCACAGCUCGGUGCUCCUACCAGCGACCUGUCCCCGCUCAGGACCUCCCAGCCGGGGCAUGUCCCGUCGUCAUGUUCGACCUAAACGACGGCUGGAACUUGUCUUUUGCCGGGUGCGGGUUCCUGGGGAUCUAUCACAUCGGAGUUGCUAGUUGCCUGUUGGAGAAGGCUCCGUACCUUGUGAAAGGGGCAACCAGGCUGUACGGGGCCUCCGCCGGGGCUCUGACCGCGUCCGUACUCGCUAGCCAGGCAUGUAUAGCUAAAUGCUGCGAGGACGUCAUUGAGGUGGCGAAGGAAGCCAGGAAGAGAAACCUGGGCCCGCUUCACCCAACCUUCAACCUGGUGAAGGUCCUGAAGUCCGGCCUGAAUCGGGACCUGCCRUCUGACGCUCACGUCGUGGCUUCGGGGAGGCUGUGCGUCUCGUUGACCCGGGUGUCCGAUGGGGAGAACGUUCUGGUGUCGGAGUUUAGCUCUAAAGAGGAGCUCAUACAGGCACUCGUCUGCAGCUGYUUCAUCCCCAUCUACUGUGGGCUGAUUCCUCCGGCCUUCAGAGGAGUGAGAUACGUGGAUGGGGGGAUCAGUGAUAACCUGCCUCAGUCAGAACUAAAGAACACCAUUACCAUCUCUCCCUUCUCUGGUGAAAGUGACAUCUGUCCUCGGGACAACUCCACCAGCUUCCACGAGCUGCGCUUCACCAACACCAGCAUACAGAUGAACAUGGGCAACUUGUAUCGCCUCAGCAGGGCUCUGUUUCCCCCAGAACCUAAAAUCCUGGCAGAGAUGUGUCAGAGUGGUUAUAAAGACGCUCUGCGCUUCCUCGAGGAGAACAACCUGCUGAUGCUGCAGUGUCCCAGCCCAGGCCUGACGGACGGCUCAGUGAGCUGCUGCAACAAGCCUGCUGAAACAACCAGAGACUGGGUGCUCCGCAGACUCCACCUGCUGCACAACAAGCACUGGUGGCUGGACGAACACAUCGCUCUGCCGACCCCCAUCAAAAAGGUGUUCUGUGAGGCCUGCCAAGACAAACCAGGCCUCUACGCCAAGGUGUCUGGGAUGUUCCCUUUAAGAGUGGCCUCCUACAUGCUCAUGCCUUACACGCUCCCUGUUCAGUCAGCUUAUUCUGUGGCCCAGAGGGACUUACCAUUAAGAAAAUGCUUGAGUGUCCCCCCACUGCCCUCAGAAACUCACGCCCCCACACAGAGUGACUUCCUUCCAGCUAUGUCCUCCCUCGAUCUUCACAACAACUACUGGGAGAUUCCCAAAGCUGUGUCCUCCCCUCCUCUCAUGGCCCCCACCUCCCCACAACAAGUCUGCUUUUUCGUUGGCUCACAGGAGGAACCUCAGAGUCCUGCUGAGSCAGAAAGCAGCUCUGGACCUGCACUUUGACAAGGAUCUGGUACCUGCACUUCUCUCUGAGGGAGCCUCAGGUAGACUGAGAGCAUCGUGCUGCUCCAGGUUUAUGUUCAUGAGCAAUCAGGAGCACAUCAGGAAAUGUUCCAUGACUUGUUUCUAAUGUACAGAAAGAAAACAUGUCUAGUUGUUUUCAGACGAACCUACCUGCCUGUUAGUUGUAAAUUCGCACAUAUUUAAUAUAUUUUGAAAUACAGCCAUCAGUCAUA